GCACAAGUAGGACAGCCGUAUGAGACACAUUUCAAAGUAUAUUCUAUAGAAAAAAAGUGUAUUUUAAAGAAAAACAACGAAGUGCUGUAUGAAUGUGAUUUAUCUAAGGACUGCACAAGCCAGCUUCCAAUUAAUUCAGUUAAUCUUACCUUCCUAAAACUUCCUACCUUUGCAUUUUUUAAGUUCCACAUUGGAAAUGUUACAGAAAAGAAUAUUGAAGGAAAAUACUCACUGGAAAUUCUUGAUUUUGGUAAAACAGACAAAGUUAUCGGUUUUUGUGACUUAAAAGUCUUUGCAAAAAUCAAUGCACAAUGUUCUACAGAAUUCUUACCCAACGGACUAAAAAUUACAUGUAAAGUACAAGGGGCGUAUCCGGAAACUGUGAUGGAAGUGAAGAUAAAUGAUAGAACCUUCCAUGGUGAAUGCUACUUCUACAGAUCCGAAUAUUUCUACUUUAAUUCCACAUGCUCUUACACAAUUUCAAGACAUUACAUUUUUCAAGGAAACAAUGAUUUUACGAUAGUACUCUACCCAAAUAUUUCUGGAAACCACAGUGCUAAAAGAUACGAACAAGAAAUCCAUUUUAAAAACGAAAAGCCAAUAAUUUCAACAAAAACCUGUAACAAACAAACCUCUGAUGGAGUAAACCUACUUUUGUGUGAAUACCAAAGGCAUGAUCAAAGUAAUGUCACAACAGUUAUUGAGUCCAACGUAAAAGUGUUGUACCAAAAUAAAACUCACGUUAAAUUAGAAAUGUCUCAAAAUAUAAAAGAUAUCAAAAUCUGGGCACGUAAUAUAUUUGGUGUCGAAAGUGAUAUUGAAAAGCCUCCUAUUACAACAAACGAUGAAUACACGAGUUCAACUUCACAAAAACAGAAUGAAGAACCAAUGGAUAGAGUAAAAAUAAUAAUAUUAUGUUGCGCUUUAACAGCAGUGGCGGCGCGAGGUCGGGUGUCAACCCCCGUCUCGAAACCUCCAAACUAUUUUGUGUACAUGCAUGUUUUUGUGUUUCAUUGUUUGUAUCGUAAGAGAGGCCAGACUAAAUCAGAUGAAGAAGUACAAGAUACACUAUUACCGAAGAAAGAUAAGAUAAACGCUGUUCAAGAAUCAUCAUUUGAAGAAAUAAAUAACCAACCGGAAACAGCCUCUAAACCGGAAACUACAAGCGAAGUGGGCAACUCAAAGUUAGUUUCCAACGUAAAUAUCAGUGUAACAGACGAUCAAGAAUUAGGUUCCCGUGGGCUGACAACAUCAAAAUUACAUACAUACGUCACUGGCUGUAAGAAGAAUCCAGGUCACAAAGGUUUUAUACCACUUAAAGAUUUCAACGCAAGUUGUCUCCCCUCGCGUUACCAUGACGACGAGCUAAUGUCUGAGACAAUCAAAACAUUGGCAGCCCUAACUGUCCAGGUAAAGACUAAAUUCACCAGUCUAGAGAGACCAGAGUUUUGCCCAGGCACUCAAGUUCCAUAUCCAGGUUAUAAUGACAGAGGAAGACACGUGAUGAGGGUAGGGACGGGGAGGGUUUAUCGUGUGGACAAGUACACAGAUAGUAUUAGAACUUGUCGUUGUGCCAAGUGUCAAGUCUCUGCCACACCCAGCAAAGUAUGGGGGGAGGUUAAAGUGUUGACAGCCACACAAGUGGUGUUUGAUGCCAGUGAGGCGAGACAGGCCAGUUGUGUUUUAGGUUUUGAUGACAAUAAAAGCCGAGUGGUCAGUCUUGAUGGAUGGAAGGUGUUGGAUAGGGCAGACAUUGAGGGAGACACGUGUGUGUUGAAUUAUGAGACAUGUGACUUAGAGUUGGUUAAUGAACUGGACAAGUUGUGUCGGCUCUUUGAUGAUCUAUGUAGGGAAGUAGAGGACAAAUACAGGAGAUUUGUUGAUGUGGACAAGUUGACCGUUAUAGUGUCACAUCCUCAUGGCUGUCCUAAACAGGUGUCUCUUGGACAAUGGACACACAAACAUAAGAGAGAUGGCGAGUACACCAGGUACUGGUACACAACAUGUACAUGUCCUGGAAGUGCUGGAGCUUAUGUGUACAGAGUAGGCUGUAACCCACGUAUUAGUGGCCUCGUACACAGUGGAUCUAACUCUGAGGGCAAUUACAGUGGGGAGAGCUUUGAUUUUUAAAAUAGACAUACAAGUAAAAACUCUAAAAAUCCCAAUUAAUUUUCAUUUUGAAAUUAGUAUAUAUCUUAACAGAGUUAU